AUGGCUGUUGGAAAUUUUACCCUGGAAUCAGCUGAAAUCUCUUCAUCAAACCAGAGCAGCUGCGAUGUGUUCAUCUACCAAAGAGCUGCAGUCGUCCUCUUCCCUAUUUUUUACUCGGUGGUUUUCAUCAUCAGUGCGUGUGGCAACAGCUUGGUGCUGUACGUUAUCUGCCAGAGGAAGCAGAAGUUCAACUCCACCUCCAUCUAUCUGGUCAACCUGGCACUGUCUGACAGCCUGUUCACCUUGGCGCUGCCUGGAAGAAUAACGUACUACAUCCGCCACUAUGACUGGCCAUUUGGUGACCUCCUCUGCAGACUCACGACGCUUCUCUUCUUUGCAAAUACCUAUGCAGGUAUUGGCUUCAUGACCUGUAUCAGUCUGGACCGAUACCUGGCCAUGGUGCAUCCACACCGACUCCAGUGUUUGCGGAGUGUGAGGGUGGUUCGCCGGGUCUGCUGCCUGGUCUGGUUUCUGGUAUCCCUGCAGACAGCUCCUCUGCUGUUCCGCAGCAUGCUGCACGAGCACCAUGGAAGACGAACCUGCAUGGAGUACUUCAACUUCGAGGGCUCCCGCUUCACCCCGUAUGUCCUGCUUCUGGCCUGUGCCAUCUCCUUCUACUGUCCCCUCAUCAUCAUCACAGGCUGCUACGCCAAGAUCAACCUGAAGUUGCGAGCCGCAGCCAAGCAGAACUCUAUAACCGGUCGAUCCAGGAGGAAUCAUAGGGCCAACACCAUUAUUUUCCUCAUCCUCCUCACCUUUCUCAUCUGCUUCAGUCCUUACCACCUCAACGUUAUGCAGUUUAUGUCCAGGAAGAUACACCACCAGCCAACCUGCGAGGAGCUGAGGGCCUUUAAAGUGUCCUUACAGAUUACCGUCUCACUAAUGAACUUCAACUGCUGCUUGGACCCAGUCAUCUACUUCUUCGCCAUUAAGACCUACAAGAAGCGGGUGCUGAGCCUGUUCAAGGACUAUCUGUAUACUUCUGCAGCCUCCUCCAAAAUGACAGCUGAGAAUAGCAGCAGUAACACCUGAGAGAAACCACAGCUGAGGUUGCAGGAGAUGCGCCUACCACCAGCGUCACAGAAGACCUAGUUUACUCAUUUAAGCUCAAGAAUGCCUAUUUUUAGUGCUGAAGCCCUCGUUUGAGUCUUUCACUUAAGACAUUGACAACUGUGCAUGUACAUAGCAGUAGAUUCAGCUUAUUUUUAGGCUCCUACGAAUAAUGUGAUGAGUGGAACACAAGGUUUAACUGUAUUGUCCCAUAUGUAUUAUAUUUUUCUUUUUACAUGAAAGUGUAUCUUAUUGUAAUUCUAAAUGAAACAUCCCAACCUAGACAAACAAGCUUCAACUAUGUAACAAAAGUUGUCAUUUUUGCAACAGCAACUUUCACUUCCUUUGUGUUUUUUUUGCCAUGCGUCGUCAGAAAUCAUGUAAAUGUUAAUGGGUCUUAUGAUUAGACAAACCUGUAAUGCGUGCUCUCCUAACAAAAACAUAUA